CGAGGAAAACGAGAGGGAAGUGUUGGGAACUUGCUCUUGCAAACACACCCUUGGAGAGACAAGGGAGUUAGCCUACUCAAGGAUUCGUGCAAUGGUGCAAGACAAGUGUCAAGUAGAGGGACAAGUCCUUCGGACGAGGUGUAAGACUUCGAUCCCGUGUAAUUUUCUUCCUACGAAGUAGGGAUGGUAAUGGGGACCGUACCCCGAAACCCGUUGGGGAAAAACUCUAUUAGGGGCUGUAAGUGGGUGCAUGUUAUCCCCCAUGGGGCUGAUAACGGCUAAAUUUCCUCCCCAUCGGGUGGGCCGGGUUCGGGGGUGUUCACAAGCUCUUCCCCAUGGGGCCCCGAGCAUAGCAUGUGUACAGCCCACAGGCAACAAAAGCCCAGCUAGCCCAACAUCGAAUGUCCAUAUAUGACACAGUGAGAACACUUAACAUGCCAUGGGCUGAUGGGUUUUGUCUCUAGCUAGAGCUAGUCCAGCUCGUAUAUGUCUGCUCACACAGGACGGUGGAGUGGUCGAGUGGAUAAGGAUUCCACAUCGACGACGACGACUCAGAUCCAAUCGAAGCAGCGAGACGACGACGCCUCUACGCUGCGCUGCGCAGAUCAGCCAUGCUCCGCCGACCGCCGGUGAUCAGGUGAUGCCUCUCGAAUCAACCACGCUGGGCAACGCCGCGUGGAUCAACCAGCUCUGUGGUGCUUCGCCGUCAUCACAUCCACGCUGCAGCUCCUGCCGUUGCCGCCUCCGCGCCGCGCGACAGCGCUUGGUUUCGUCGCCAUCUCCCCGCCGAUGCUUUGCUCCUCCGCAUGCGCUACCGCCGCCUCUCCGCAUCACGCCGCCUCUGCUCGACUACUCCUCGCACCACACUGACGCUACCUCUCAGCAUGGCAGACGCUUCUCCUUCUCACCGUCGGGGGUGAGGAACCCAGCGGGUGUCCAGUACCCGCACGGGGACGGGGACGGGAGAAAACCACGCCCCGUGUGCGGGGAUAGGGACAGGGAACGGGGGAGUUUUUCCGCUAGGGGGCGGGGACGGUCAGCUUCCCUACUACGAAGUUUACCCCGUCCUUACUUUGGAAACAUGGGGAGGGGGAGUUUCGUAGGGAGCCAGAAAGAUAAGUAGAGAACUCUGAAAAAUUAACAAAAACAUUAAAAACAACAGAAAAAACACAGAAGUAUCUAUUUAAACAAGAUAGAAUGGAAAAGGCUUACGGAAAUUCCAUGCAAAUUAUAUAAAACGUAAAAAAGCAUAAAAGAGUAAAUUCAGGGGAAAAAAGGAAAAUACGGAAACGAGGGAUUAUUUGCAAGAUCACAAAAAA